AUGUUUGAUUUAUACAAUCUUGUCAUGUCACUCUAUGCACCUGCGACUAUCAGAUGGGUACUUGACGUCAAUGUGCUAUCACGAGAGACUCUUCUGAGAUAUUUGGACAAGGGAUUGUCUGAAAACUGUUCUGAAAUCAGUAUCGAAAGCGGAGAUCUGAGUAUUGAGCGGUUAACCGAACUGAUGGAUAGAAUACCAGUGACAAAGGAACUAAAAGUUACUUCGAGGAUUCCAUCAAAUUUUAAACAUCCAAAUUCAUUUAAAUAUCGGAGUAUAUGGUAUAGAAGUGCAGAAUGGGUUACUCUGGACGACCUCAAGUCUAUUAGAAAUGUCGAUUCAGUUGUAUUAAAAUGGACAAAUUUUGAUUGUAAGGAUAUGAAUGAGUUUCUCAGAUAUUGGGUUGAUUAUGAUGAGGAAAUGAUGAAGCGGUUGCUGUUAAGAAUUCGUGAGGGCGCAUUAAUCGAUAAGAAUAUUCUCACUGACCAACUUUUGGUUUUGAAAGCUAAGAAGGGAAAAUCACAGAUUUACUACAUAAAAAAGAGAAAUCAUAAAACUGGAAAUCUUGUAUUAGGUCGUUUGGAAUUCGUUUACGGGAGGUGGAUGCGGUUUUUCACAUUUGACUCUGAUCACUGUCCUCGUUCACUAGCUAUUCUGGAAGAGAUGGAGAAAAAGGCAAAAUUGAAAAAGUAA